UCUCUUGCCGCUGGGUGUCCUCCCUGGUGGAGCUCCAGUUAUUUACAAUACCACCAGAAAGAAGAAGCCCACCGUCAGACGCUGCUGUCCAUCCCCCGGGAUAGCCUCCUCAUGGUUCGGCUCCAGUAUGUGACCUCUGCCGGCUCCACUUAGGACUUUUAUUUUGGAGCAUUUUGGAGAUAUUUUCCUAUAAUGUGCGCGCCUGAUAUGCGUCCAGCCUCCGUGUGCACUGCAGUGGUGCGCAGCUUUCGCCUGGAGAAACACCUGUGCGCCCCUCGGCUCCACCGGCCAUGAAUGCUGAGUAGGGAGCAGAUCACCCUAAGGCGCGGUGUCUGUCUGCAUUUGUCUGAGGGAGAGAGAGAGAGAGAGAGAGAGAGAGGCAACAAAUAACACUACGGCACAGCUCAGACAUCAUGCAAGGAGAAGCCUUCCCUCGGCGCAGAGUGCUGAAAUGUUAGCACCGAAGAGCGAGGAGUGUGUCAGAUCGAAUCAGCAGACUGUUUACAUUCGGGGCGGCGAUAAGAGCUCAUUAACAGCCCCUUUCAAUCACCAUCCAGGAACGACGUGUUAACCCCAUCAGCACUUUUUUUUUCCUCCGUCAGAUUCAGCAGUCCGGAGAUGGAGUGGUCGCUGGAGAACGUGAGGGAGAUGGUGGCGGGGGGGAUGCAGUCUGUGAGGGAGUGCGAGAUCUGUGCUUUCGCCAUAGCCAUGUGUGUGCUGCUGCUCUUCAUGUGGUAUUGUUACAGGGUGGGCCGGGAGCACGGCACCAGCCCCCUGCGCGGGAGGUAUCUGGCUGGGCCUGGCCGCAUCGGAGGGGUGGUGGGGGGCUUCAUGAGUUCGGACUGCCGCGGGAGGGGGAAAGGGAAGCACGGGUCGAUGCUGGAAGAGCAGAACGGAUUCGCCUUCUGCCAGUCGGCCGAGUGCUUCCGUUGCACCAGCGCCGGGGAGAGUCUGAACCAGAGGCUCUACCACAGCCUGCAGGAUUACGCCAAGCGCUACACCUGGUCAGGUAUGGGUCGGGUGCACAAAGGGGUCCGUGAUCAAGGAAGAUACCUCAACAGUCGACCCACCAUCCAGCGGCCGGAGGUCUUCUUCCUCCCAGAUCUCCCGUCGGCGCCGUUCUUCUCAAGGGAAGUCCAGAGGCACGACGUGGAGCUGCUGGAGCAGAGCUUCCCCGCCCUCCUGGCUGAGUUUGAGAGCAUCUACCACCAGCCUCCGGCCCGCAGCGGCUCCUCCCUGCCACCGGGCUGGAAGGCCAACAGCACACCCCGCGGGCAGUGGUGGACCUACUACCUGGUCAACCAAGGCACCCCGCUUGUUCUGAAUGUCAGGAGAUGCCCACGGGCAUGGAGGGUGCUGGGCCAGCUGCGCACUUUCAUCGCCAACAACGUGUUCGGGAACGCCUGCUUCUCCGUGCUGACGCCCGGAGCUCUGAUCACCGAGCACUACGGGCCGACCAACGUGAGGCUGCGCUGCCACCUGGGUCUCAGAGUUCCCCCUUCCUGUGAGCUGGUGGUCGGUGGGGAGCCGCAGUGCUGGUCUGAGGGCAGCUGUCUGCUCUUUGAUGACUCCUUCCUCCACAGGGCCUUCCACGAGGGCGGCGCAGACGACGGCC